AGUAAAUUACAUAACAGUUUGUAAAGUUCUACGAAACGUUCUGUGAAGAUGCCAAAACGAGUGCUCAUUGUAUUUGAAAUUAGUUUACUCAUUUUAUCGUGCAACUUCUUGUUUGCACACAGCAAUGAAAGUUAUGACGGUAAAAACCAGUCGGCUAUUGCUAUUACGAAAAACAAGUACCAACCAAUAACCAGGCAUAAUGCAAGCAUCGUUGCACCGAUGAACGUUAUAUCAGAAUCGAAAGAUUCGAACCUACAUUCCAAUGUGGAAUGGCCUCAUCCACAUGUAACUACUGCACAAAGUGAUAUAAAUUUGCAAGAUGAAGCAAACACUGGUGUACUUGUGGGUCCUGACAAAAAAGUUGAUGAAAUAAUGGUUUACACUCCAUUGAGCAGUACACGAAACUCGUUUCCAAAGGAACCUUUUCUUACUACAUCACUUGAUAUACGUAACAUACACGACAACAUGCAAUCGUCUAUCAGUACCGAUGAAUCAAAUGCAUAUAAGCAAAUGGUCAGUAAAAACGAAAGAACAACUGAUGGCAUGGAUCCCGCUGAUCGAGUGUCAACCAAAAAGAUCUACAAGUAUAUUCGUAAAGGAGCAAAGAACCAAACGUACGGAAACCUUCCGAUUCCAGCAUCAGUUAUGAGUGACCAGGAGAUGCAAUCAAAUCCAACCAACUACUUCCAUCUAUUCAUGAACCUCUAUGACCAUCACUCAUGGGAUAUAUCGGUCUUUAAAAAUGAACUAAGCUACGAUUGUGCUGUGGACAUGGACAUCUAUUUGGCGCAACUUGUUGCUUCACAAUUAUGGGCGAUGCAAGUGUGUGAUUCAUCAGGACGAUAUGGUGGACUAUCAUUUUUCGGUAACGACUACUGGCUAGGCUCAAAGUCAUCAUGUGAAGAAGUAAAUCACCAAUAUAGUAAUGAAAAUCAGUCGACGUUUGUUGAAAUGCGUUUUUAUGUUGCGACAAUUAAAGUAAAGAUAGCUGACAUUAUGCCUGAAGUCAAGCCUCUACAGCUGGGAGAGUGCUUACCCAAAACAUGUUCCAUUAGAGAUAUAUACAAAAUACUUCAGGAAGACCCAACUUCCAAGAAAAUUUUGGAAUCAAACAAUUGUCAAACAAUGAACUCAACAAAUCACAGUCCUUCCUGUAGCCUGCUAGAUAUAACAAAUCUACGAGAGGUUCCAGGCAGUUACAGUCUCUUUGACGACAGCAGAUUUUAUUUAUUAAGUUCAACAUUGAUCGUUUUGGUAACAACUGUCAUCUUUGCAACAUACUACGAGAGCUCUAUUGGAGGAACUAAAAAGCGUCCAAAAAGCAAUGACAGAGGAUCACAUCCCAAAAUUCCUGAGUCUGAACUUAAAUUUACAGCCACAGAAAAACUAGUCGAGUCAGACAAAGCACAUGAAUUGAUUCAUAUAAGCCGGAACAACAAUUUCGACGUCUGUGUGAAUAAAGAAGGAAUAGAUGCAUCUAUUCUUAGAUCCACACCUCCCAACAAGCACAUAGUAGGCAUUAUUUCAGAUAUUCUUCUAUGUUUUGCCGCAGGGUCAAACUCUAAAACUAUUUUAUCAGUAGCAAAGGCUAGUAAGGAUUCUCUAACAUGUAUUCACGGUAUGAGAUUGUACUCAUUGCUUUGGACUAUAAUGGUGCAUACAUAUUUACAAUUAUUCGCAGUAGGUGAAAAUAGGGUUGCACGUAAAAUCACUGAACGCUCCUUCAGUUAUCAAAUAGUGGGAAAUGCAACAUUUUCGGUUGACACAUUUUUCUUCAUUAGUGGAGUAUUAGUCGUUGUGCUUUAUUUCCGAUCUGCUAAAAAUGAACCAUCGAAAGAGAAACAAAACAGCACUCUUUGCAAUCCAUCAGCGUGCUCAAAAAUCUUGUUCUCAAUUCUGUACCGAUUCAUAAGACUAACACCUGCUUACUUGUUUGUGAUAAUCUUCAACGAGCUCGCCCUAAAAUGGACCUAUGGAAGAUCAGUAUUCACACCAGGAAUAAUAGAUCACAUAACGUGCAAUAAAUAUUGGUGGCGCAAUAUUCUGUACAUAAAUAACUGGUAUUCAUUCAGUGAAAUGUGUAUGAUUUGGUCCUGGUAUCUGGCAAAUGAUAUGCAAUUUUAUGUUGUUGCUAUAAUCGUUCUAACGAUUUCAUCAAGAUAUAUGAAAACAUCGGCAUUUCUACUUGGUUACUAGUGGUGUGCUCGUGGGCUAUAUCUAUUUUUCUUUCAAUUCAUUUUAAUUAUACUUACAAAGUAGCAGAGCCAUUUGAAUCGUUCGAUGUGUUG